AGAUUGGAGUAAGCUCUGCAGGUAUCCGUGACGGGGUUGCGGGGUGGCUCCACACGCUUGGGACUUGGGAGCACGCGAGGCAUAACCAAGGGUUAGCAAGCGAUGAUGUCGUAGUCUAUUUUGGGCAGGGGGCUAUAUAAGCAGCGCGGUGCGUCCUCUUAUUUUUCAAAUUCUGCUCCACCUUCUCAUUUACAUUCCGACUCAAAUCAUGCGUGUCCUUCAAGCCCUCCCCGUCGUUGUAGCUCUUGUAAGCACGGCCACCGCGUUCGACAAGGACUAUACCUAUAAGCACACAAGCAUUGAUAUUACCCCUCUUGAACCAUGCGUGCAAGAAUGUAUGGACCAAGAAAAAAACAGGUGGGACUACACCGAUAUGAGCCGCUACCAGUUCUGCGAAGCGUGGUUUAACCCUGGUACUUGGAACUGGAUAUGGGACCACGUGAAUAAAUGUGCACGCAAGAGGUGUACUCUUGAAGAGGCAAAGAACUCUAGAGACACGUUUGAUACGUGGUUUAAGGAGACGUGCGGCUUCGAGUUUGGGUCCUAGGAGUUGCUGGAAAAUGAUGCGCU